CACCCCCCACCCCCAGGUGCAUGCCGGGUAGAGCAGGAUGGCGUCUGCGGGCUGUGUGGAGGAAUGAAGCGGCUGACCGUUGCCUGUUUCCCCGCUGAACCCGCACCACCAGCGGCCUCACAGGUUUCACAGAGCGGAGCUGCGGAGGUUCUGAGCUAUGAGGAGUGCUGAGCUGUUCCCUCCAGGCGGUCUGGCUGUUGGACUAUGCUGUGUUUGUCCACUGGGUGGCGCCUCCUGAGCCGAGCUCACCGCCUCCUUCCCUGCCACCCCCAGUCCGUCUCCAUGUACGCCACUCGCCUCUACAGCACCGCGGGGGGAGGAGGAGGAGGGGGAGGAGGGAGUGGGGUCAAACAGGGGCGGAGGGCGGGGCUCACUGUGCUCGAGGCGCCACACCCUCCUCACCCCCACCUCUCCCACCACCCAGCGCCGCCUCCCCCCGCCUACCCACUGUACCAGGGACGACCUGAUGCCCACCGUGGAGCUCACUUCCACCACCACUACCACCCCCACCCUCCGGCCCACCACCUGGCCCCGCCCCCACUGCCCCCGCACUACCAGCACCACACCUCCUUCCACACGUACGGGGGCAUAGCCCCAGCUGGAGGAUCGGCGGGCGCCAAGAAGAAGACGUGGAACUUCAUCCACGAGAAGAUGAGCUACGACACAUUCUUCACCAUGAAGCGGCUGAUCGAGCGCUCGCGGCGGCCUGACGAAGUUCUGCGCUGGGUCACCCAGAACCCCGCCAAGAUCUCCCACAACCACUACCCCGUCGCCCUGCAGAAGAUCGGACAGCUGCUGCAGGCCACGCCCCCAACGCGCACAUCCAGGGACGAGGGUGACAGCGACGCCUCCAGCAGCGGGGCAGCAGAGGGGGAUGGCCGUCAGAUCCUGGAGCACCAGGAUUUCCAGACACUCUGCGGCGCCAUCGUCAGCGACUGCGCCAAGUUCGACAACUUCAGCAUCGUCAACUGCCUGUACGCCGUCGCUGCACUCGGUCUGCCCAGUGACUCCCAGGUGGUCCAGGUGCUGGAGGCAGAGUCUCAGUCCAGACUGAACCAGUUCAACCAGAAGGACGUGUCCAUGGUGUUCAGCUCCAGCAUGAAGCUGCACCCGGGCAGCCAGCACCCGCUGACCGAGGCCUGCCUGGCCGGCCUGGAGAAGAACCUGGAGAGAGAGCGCCACCCGCAGACGCUCUUCCUGCUGCUGUCGUACUACAGACUCAAGUGGCGCUCGCUGCAGCCUCAGGAAGCUGCUGCAGCGACUGCAGGGGGCGCUGCGACCGCCACCACCAGCAGCAACAGCACACUUCCAAACCCUGAGCAGCUGCUGGCCAACAGGAAGAUCCUGCGUCUGGUCAAACACACUCUGGCCAGCGUCAGCGGGGUCCGCGACCAGGAGAUGGCGCUGCUGGACGAGAUGCUGGCAGCAUGCGCCAGAGAGGCGAGCAACAAGAGCCUGGAGCUGAUCUUCAGCUCUCACCUGUUCUACCAGAACCGCCAGGAGAGGUUCAUCAGCAGCCUGGCAGAGGAGCUACCAAAGAAGGUGGACAGCAUCACUCCCUACACCAUGGCUCUGAUCGCCAAAUACAUUGCCCGACACCGGCUGAGAGAGACCAGACUGCUCGACACCAUCGCAGACUUCUUGGUGAAGAAGGCCGAGUACCUGGACAGUAAGGUGAUCCAGAAGCUGGUGUUCCCAUUCAGCAGGAUGAGCUACCGUCCUUCCAACGAGCAGCAGUUCUUCUCCCGGCUGGAGGAGGUGGUGGAGCUGAAGGCCCUCAGCUCGCCGCUCGCCACCGUCAACAUCCUGAUGUCGCUGUUCCAGCUGGGACACUUCCCCGGCCUGGUGCUCCACCGAGUCUUCUCCUCCGCCUUCAUCAGCAACGUCACCAACAGCCCGUACGCUCUGAUCGUGAGGCGCUACCUGUCCCUGCUGGACGCCGCCGUGGAGCUGGAGUUCCAGGAAUACAGCGGACCUCGACUGCAGGACGCCCACAAGGUGCUGAUGUUUGACCACGCCCUCACCGCUGAUGAGGUCAACCGCAAGUACAGCUAUAAAGGUCUGGUUGCUGAGGCUCUGCGGCAGCUGGUUGGAGAACAGAACUACAAACAGGAUGAAGUACUCGCCCCAGGAUACUACACAGACUUUGUUCUGUGGAUGGAUGGUUCUGGUCGGGUUCUGCCCAUCCGGACCGGGGCCGGUCUGGCUCUGAGCAUCGUUCCUCCAUCCUGCGUUGCCGUGGCAACCAAGCCGGACAGUGCGGUUGCCGUGGUGACCUCAGAGUUCCAGAAGUUCUCUCCGUUUGUGGCGCUGGAGGAGGGCGGCGAGCCGACCAGUCCUGUAGGAGAGGUUCUGGGCGGAGCCCUGGAGGCCCGGUCCUUCCUGCCCUCCCACAUCCGCAGCACGCCAGGGGCUGCGGCGCCCUCAGUGGCCCCCAGGCCUGGGACUAACGGGGGGCCCCUGGACUACGGCCCCUACUACGUCCCCGAGUACUACGCCGGCCUGGCCAAGGAGCACUCUCUGGAGAGCCAGGACAGCUCCACGCUCAGCAGCCCCCCGUCUGACGGACUGGCACCGCCCGGAGCUCAGGGGCCCACGGGGGCCCCGGCACCAGAUUCCCUGUUCCAGUUUUCCAUUGGGAAGAUCCUGGAGGACGACAGGGGCUCAGGGGCCCCGGGAGUCCAGGGGACGGACUGCGAGCUCCCCGGGUUCUAUGAAGGAGUCCCAUUCUCCGAGGGGCCCGAGGCCGACAGAGGGCCCCCCACCCCACCGCAGCUCCACCCCCCCGACAGACCGGACCCCGAUACCCUCCCAGACCAGAGGCAGAUCCGGAGGGUCAUCAUGUCCGUCAAUGACAAGUGGCACUACUGCCACAAUUCUGAGGUCCUGGUCGGGUCCAGGGCCAUGAGGGACCGCCACCUGAGGCUGCUGGGAUACAUCAUCCUGCAGCUGCCGUACCACGAGCUGGAGAAGCUGAACGGCAUCGAGGAGGUGAAGACGUACCUGCACCAGAAGCUGCUGGACGCCCCGCUAUGACGCCCCGGUGUGUGUGUGUGUGUGUGUGUGUGUGUGUGUGUGUGUGUGUGUGUGUGUGUGUGUGUGUGUGUGUGUGUGUGUGUGUGUGUGUGUGUGUGUGUGUGUGUGUGUGUGUGUGAGAGAUGUCCUAUCAGUCAGAGAUCAGGGGGAACGUCCAUGUGCACAUUGAUUAUCACUCAUUUAUUGAUCAGAGUUCCGAUCACUUCCUUCAUUGAUCAGGAAGGAGGUGGAGUUCCAUCUGUUCUGACAGAAAAUUGAACAUUUUCCAAACCCUGAAGAGUUGGAACCAUCACCAGAUGAUUGAGGAGCUGCUGGUGUGCAGAUGUUCUGACUGUUCGCCAGGUUCUCCAUCGGUUCUUCCCUCCAGCCAGCAGCAGAAACCAGCCGCUGGUCUUCAAAUAGAACCUGUUCUCAUGGUGGAACCUGUUCUCAUGGUCCUUCACGUUUUAAUCUGUGGUGCGUUCACCGACCCUCAGAGGAGUUUCAACUCUGCUCCCAGAUGUCGAAGUGUCCUUGAACGCACCUUCAGGCGAGCGGUAAGCAGCUGCUGACUUCACCUGUGCAGGUGAGCCGGUGGUUUGAUCAGCGGAGGGUCCCUGAACGCGUCGCUGAUCUGAUUGGUCGCCGUGUGGAUGAGCUAUUACUUCCUGUUUACUUUUUUGGAGGGUGGGAGGGGCCCUUUUAUAAAGUUUGGUAACCGUGGUAACGACAAUGCAUGUGGGAGUUUGUUUUCUAAGAUCAGAGCAGGGGCUGAUGGGUAACGUGGUCCACUCAGAGGAGGGGGAUAUUGCCAUGGUAACAGGGUGUGUGUGUGUGUGUGUGUGGUGUGUGUGGGUGUGUGUGGGUGUGUGUGUGUGCCAAAAGCCUGGAGGAGGUUGUGUGGGGUCAGAGGUCAGAUUAUUUAUUUGUGUAUCGGGUGACGGACGUUUGUUUAUAUUCUAUAAAUCUAUGAAUCCAAAUGUCUAUAAAAGAUCAAAGAGAA